GCGAACUUUACCCGGCGCGUUCCGGUCAAGAUGGCGCUGGUGGCUGCUGUGCGAGUCCCGGUGCGCGUUCUGCUCCGCGCGGGGGCCCGGCUCCCGGGCGCUGCCCUCGGGUGGACGGAGAGGGCGGCCGGCGGCGGAGACGGCGCGCGGCGCUUCGGGAGCCAGCGGGUGCUGGUGGAGCCGGACGCGGGCGCAGGGGUCGCUGUGAUGAAAUUCAAGAACCCCCCAGUGAACAGCCUGAGCCUGGAGUUUCUGACGGAGCUGGUCAUCAGCCUGGAGAAGCUGGAGAAUGACAAGAGCUUCCGCGGUGUCAUUCUGACCUCGGACCGCCCGGGUGUCUUCUCCGCCGGCCUGGACCUGACAGAGAUGUGCGGGAGGAGCCCCGCCCACUAUGCUGAGUACUGGAAGGCCGUGCAGGAGCUGUGGCUGCGGUUGUACCAGUCCAACCUGGUGCUGGUCUCCGCCAUCAAUGGAGCCUGCCCCGCCGGAGGCUGCCUGGUGGCCCUGAGCUGUGACUACCGCAUCCUGGCGGACAACCCCAGGUACUGCAUAGGACUCAACGAGACCCAACUGGGCAUCAUCGCCCCUUUCUGGUUCAAAGACACCCUGGAGAACACCAUCGGGCACCGGGCGGCAGAGCGUGCCCUGCAGCUGGGGCUGCUCUUCCCACCAGCGGAGGCCCUGCAGGUGGGCUUGGUGGACCAGGUGGUCCCAGAGGAACAGGUGCAGAGCACUGCGCUGUCAGCGAUAGCCCAGUGGAUGGCCAUUCCAGACCAUGCUCGACAGCUGACCAAGGCCAUGAUGCGGAAGGCCACGGCCAGCCGCCUGAUCACGCAGCGCGAUGCGGACGUGCAGAACUUUGUCAGCCUCAUCUCCAAAGACUCCAUUCAGAAGUCCCUGCAGAGGUACUUACAGAGGCUCAAAGAAAAGAAAGGCUAACGGCUGGCCUGCCACAGGCUUACAGCCACACGUGCCCCUGUGGGUCCCAGGGAGGUCUUAAACAAGGUAUUUUUCAACUUAAAAGUA